AUCCGUAACGGCGAGCAGAAAAGCUACGUGCUGAAAAAUAAAGAGCUGACGGGACCGACCAAAGGAGCGAUUUACCUGGAGAUCGAUGUCAUCUACAACACGGUUAAAGCUGCUCUGAGGACCGUCGUCCCCGCAGAGCAGAAAUACAUCGAGGAAGAACCAAAAGUCUCCAAACAUCUUCUGCAGCAGAACUUUAACCGCGUGAAGAGGUGCAUCAUGGUCCUGAUCAGCUACGGGACGUACAUCAACAGCUGCUUCGAGUGGGAGUCUGCGCAGAGGAGCAUCAUCUCCUUUGUGCUGUUCGUGGUGGUGGUGUGGAACUUCGAGCUCUACAUGCUGCCGCUCGCUCUGCUGCUGCUGCUCGUCUGGAACUACUUCUUCUCGUCGAGCAGAGACGUCGCCGACAUGUCGAUGGAGGCCAUGUUUGAAUGGGAGGAUGAAGAGGACGAUAAAGAGGACAAGGAGUCGGAGCACAAAGGCUUCAUGGAUAAACUGUACGCCAUCCAGGACGUCUUCAUCAGCGUGCAGACGGCGCUGGAUGACGUGGCGUCGUACGGAGAGAGGAUAAAGAA